UGCAUGAUCUUGAACUGUCCCCCUGCUGUACCUAUCCAUUAAAAAACUGUCUUUUCGUUGAAGAGGACAGGGGUUAAAAUGAACGGAGACCCGGAGGUCAGUUUCAGCGGCUUGCUUGGGGAUCACUUAGAUGCCGGUGCUGCGGCGGAGAACGUCUCGGCUGCCGUCUCCUCCCAGGUUCCUGUCCUAGAGCCAGAGCCAGAGCCAGAGCUCGGGGUCAACCCCUGGGACAUUGUCCUGUGUACCUCAGGAACUCUCAUCUCCUGUGAAAAUGCCAUCGUGGUCCUUAUCAUCUUCCAGAACCCCAGCCUGCGAGCUCCCAUGUUCCUGCUGAUAGGCAGCCUGGCUCUUGCAGACCUGCUGGCUGGCAUCGGGCUCAUCGUCAAUUUUGCUUUUGCCUACGUGCUUCAGUCAGAGGCCACCAAGCUGGUCACUAUUGGACUCAUUGUGGCCUCUUUCUCUGCCUCCGUCUGCAGCUUGCUGGCCAUCACUGUUGACCGCUACCUCUCCCUGUACUACGCUCUGACAUACCACUCCGAGAGGACAGUCACAUUCACCUACGUCAUGCUGGUCAUGCUCUGGGGGACCUCCAUCUGCCUGGGCCUGCUGCCCAUCCUGGGCUGGAACUGCCUCAGAGACGAGUCCACCUGCAGCGUGGUCAGACCUCUCACCAAGAACAACACGGCCGUGCUCUCCAUCUCCUUCCUCUUCAUGUUUGCGCUCAUGCUCCAGCUCUACAUCCAGAUCUGUAAGAUAGUCAUGCGGCACGCCCACCAGAUAGCCCUGCAGCACCACUUCCUGGCCACCUCGCACUAUGUCACCACCCGGAAGGGGGUCUCCACCCUGGCCAUCAUCCUGGGCACCUUUGCUGCUUGCUGGAUGCCUUUCACCCUCUAUUCCUUGAUAGCCGAUUACACCUAUCCCUCCAUCUACACCUACGCCACCCUCCUGCCCGCCACCUACAAUUCCAUCAUCAACCCUGUCAUAUACGCUUUCCGAAACCAGGAGAUCCAGAAAGCCCUCUGCCUCGUCUGCUGUGGCUGUGUCCCACCCAGCCUCUCCCAGAGAGCGCGGUCACCCAGCGACGUGUAGCAGCCACCCACUUACAGGGCACCCACGCCCGAUGCUGCAUCUACCGAGCACUCCCACUGCCUGGCCAAGGGUCGCGAUGCUCUCCUUAAAUUCUUCACACUGGAGUCUCUUUGGAGCCACAGAAACACUUAGCAUUCCUGAAGCUCUCGUUCAGAUGAGUUAAGUGAAUGGAGUGAAAAUAAUGUUACCAGAGGUUUCACCCUUUUAAAAAAGUUGUUGAGUUCUUUGCUCAAAAUUUUUUUUGUUCUGUU